AUGAAUAUAAUUUCGUGUGUAUAUUUGUUACUCUUAAUUGAAUAUUCGCAUCAAUUAAACAAUGGACUGGGACGCACACCUCAAAUGGGAUGGAAUAGUUGGAAUCAUUUUCAUUGCAGUGUUAAUGAAACGGUUGCUCGGCAAACGGCUGAUGCUCUUGUACAAACAGGUCUUGCCGCAGCUGGAUAUCAAUAUGUUAAUUUGGAUGAUUGUUGGCAAAUGAGUCGCGAUGCUCAAGGUACUAUUCAAUCUGAUCCAAAGACGUUUCCAAGUGGCAUUCCAGCACUUGUUGAUUAUGUUCACUCAAGAAAACUUAAAUUCGGUCUUUAUUCUGAUCGAGGUUAUAAAACUUGUGCUGGUCGACCUGGCUCGCUGGGUUACGAAACCAAAGAUGCGAAUACAUAUGCUAGCUGGGGUGUGGAUUAUUUGAAAUUAGAUAGUUGUUACUUGAAUGGAACGGCUCCUGAAAUAUCUUAUUCGAUCAUGCGAGAUGCACUAAACGCUACCGGACGACCGAUUUUCUUUUCUUUGUGUGGCGGUGUAAGUCUGCGUGAUCUUUGGCCACCGAGUGUGGGCAAUAGUUGGCGAACAACUGACGAUAUUCAAGAUAAUUGGAAUUCAAUGAUUAGAAAUAUCAAUUUUAAUAACGAAUGUACUGAACGUGCGGGACCUGGCGGAUGGAAUGAUCCGGAUAUGCUUGAAGUUGGCAACGGUGGGAUGACUGAUGCAGAAUACGUCACUCAUUUCUCACUCUGGUGUAUAGCUAAAGCACCGUUAAUUAUUGGAUGUGAUGUAACAAAAAUGAGCGCUGCUACUUUAGCUACAUUAACUAAUCCAGAGGUAAUUUCUGUAAAUCAAGAUCCAUUAGGUAUACAAGGAAAGAAAGUUGCUGUGGCAAGUUCAUCAUCCAUAAAUGCUUCAAGUGAAGUCAUUGUUGAUAGUUGUUCAUCAACAACAUUAAUGAAACAGCCAAAACGUGGUCAAUGGGUUUAUAAUUCUCAGGAUGGCAGUAUUCGUUCGUUAUUUAAUGGACGAUGUUUAUCAAUCGAUCGAUGCAAUACACGAGAAGCCGCUUACGUUGUUUUGAGCGAAUGUCGCAUUGGUGAUCCACAAGCACAAUGUCAAGGCAAAAAUCAGCAAUGGGCGACAAAUGCAACUGAUCAAACAAUUAUAUCACAAAUGAAUGGAAAAUGUCUCGAUGUUUACAAUUUUGAUGGUCCAUCUGUCGAAGCAUUUACAUGCAAUAAACAAGACAAUCAAAUGUGGAUAUGGAAUACAUCAGACAAAACCGUCAGAAGUAAACAUAAUGGUGAAUGUUUAAUUGUUCAACAAGAGCUUGAAGUAUGGGCUGGUUCUCUUUUUGACGGUUCACAAGCAGUUGUACUAUUAAAUCGGGGUGAUAGUGGCAGUGAACCGAUUACUGUUCAAUGGACAGAUAUUGGUUUCUCUCGUGAACAAUCUGCAUCUGUUCGAGAUCUAUGGGCGCGAAAAGAUAUCGGAUCAUUCACACAAAAUUACACAUCACCAAACAUUAAUUCGCAUGCCGUGAUGAUGUUGAAAAUUACUCCAAUCAAAUGA